UCAGACCCGGCAGGCCGGGUCCCCACAGCCCACAGUCUUCGGGGCUUGGACGCCAUGCCCCCCAGCCACCGCCCCUUGCUCAGGGGCCCCCGCGGCGCCCCACCGCUCUCUGCCAUCGAGCACAGCUCACCUCCCCCGUGCCUCGGCAACGGGGUGUUUCUGCCCAGCAGCUGCCACAGCAGGACCUGGCUGCUGGACCGGGCGGAGGAAUCCCGAGGCCUCAAGCCGGAGCCGUGCCCGCGGGACAGCGGCGUGCCACGCUCUUGCCUCCCCGCGGUUGUCCUCGUGGCCGGCUCCCAUGCCAGCACCCGUGAAAGGACCAUGUGCCCGUCAGGAGGCUCCUCAGCGGAGUGCAGGUGCGAGUCUCAGCCGUGUACCCCAGCACGCAGCCAGCCGGCGGGCUUUGCCACCCAGAGCUGCCCCCCUGGGAGCCACGGGGCAAAGCCCUGCCCCUCCCGGACUGAUGCAUCUACGCAGUGCCCAGCCCCGGAGUGUGGACUCAGCCAGGGCCACCCUCAGGACCCCGGCCCCAGGCCCUGCAGGCCUCCGGCCCCUGGCACGCCCAGCCCGCAGCUCCUGGGGCCUUCCUCUGACACUGGUGAGCCCCCCUGCUGUGUGACCGGCGGUUGGGGACGGCCCUGUGAGUGAGGAGCACGCGGCCCGUGGAGGGGGUGACGUCCUGAGUGGGUGAACCGGCUCCUGAGAUAGCCGGGAAUUUGGAUUUCUCUCAGGACAAACGACUGUGCUCCUGUUUGUAAGGGAAUGAAAUUGUUUCUCUUUGGAGCCUUUGGCGCUGAGCCGGGAUUGGAAAACCUGUUAAACUACUUAGGUCACUGGGGCCCUGUUUGUUACAGGUCAGUGAGGUCACCAGGAUACUUUGUUACAGGUCAGUGAGGUCACCGGGACGCUUUGUUACAGGUCAGUGAGGUCACCGGGACACUUUGUUACAGGUCAGUGAGGUCACCGGGACACUUUGUUACAGGUCAGUAAAAGUUCAAGCAGAAGCCCACACUUGAGCUCCUUACUGGGCGUCACCUGUGGAAACAUGGAGUCUGGCUGUAACAAGGUGAAUGUAAAUACAGUGUAACUAGUCAGAAACGCACAGACACUGGAGUUAAAGGGGACCAACCGGAAGCCCACCUAGCCCUGGGAACUUGGGGGGAGGGGGCCCACCCAAAUCUGGGUCCGUGUACCACCCACA